AGAGCAAUACAACAGUCACUACACUGAGGGAUUCUCCUGCUCUGGAUGAUGCCAUUGACUUCUUUGAAUCCCACCACUGUGUCAUGCCGACAGAUGGUUUGUAUGAAGUGCAUCCCCGACAAGCUUCGGAUCUUGAUUGGUUUGAGUGCAACAUGGCUGAGCUACUUGAUUUAGACCCCACCUAUGUGACACCAGUCAUACCUCCAGAGUUUGAAGUUUACGAGUCCCAUCGACGACCAUCUGUUCUCUUUGUCCCCGAGGCACCUAUCGACUUUGACAUUGAGUCUACUCCACUGCGAGACAAGAUCAUAGACUCUCCUCACAAGUCCUCAUACUCUGAACCCCGACGCAGCUCACGCCGCAAGACACGUUCUGAGGAUGGGAGAUGGAAUUCAAAGGACAAAACUGAACAACCAAGCCCGCCGCCACGUGACCCAAAUGCCUAUGAGUCGGUCCCUGUAGUGGAACCUGUCUACAAGAACCCGAGCUCAGCGGUAAAAUCGCGUGAACGUGACUGGGAACGCCUUCGCAAAUACUUUGCUUGGCUACCCAAGCUGGUUAUUCAGAAAACAUUCGACUGUACCACACAACUAGCACGAAUACCUAUGAGUGCACACCUACAGCGUCAUUACCGUUCUCCGUUUCCAGCCCUCAAUGUCAACCGACGUAGUGAAGGAGUUGCUACAGAUACUGUCUAUGCAGACACACCCGACAUUGAACAUGGUCAUGUAGCGGCACAAUUCUAUGUGGGGAUCUCCUCUCUUGUCAGUGACGUCUAUGGUGUCAAUACCGAUGCACAAUUCCUUCAGACACUCCAAGAUAAUGUACGAAAACGAGGAGCACCCAACAAACUUGUGAGCGAUCGUGCGCAGGCUGAGGUUUCCAAGGCAGUGAAGGACUACCUCCGAUGGCUCUGCAUUGAUGAUUGGCAGAGUGAACCACAUCGUCAGAACCAAAACCCGGCCGAACGAAGGUACCAAGACAUCAAGCGACUGGCCAACAGGAUUCUAGAUCGAACUGGAGCACCUCCAAGUCUUUGGCUUUUGGCACUUCGUUACGCUUCUUUUGUCUACAACCACACUGCUGUGCAGAGCUUAGGAUGGCUGACUCCCAUCCAAGUGCUCACUGGCAUUACUCCAGACAUAAGUGUUCUUCUCCGCUUUGCAUUUUUCGAGAAGGUAUACUAUAAAACGGAGGAACCCAGCUUCCCUUCUGAUUCGCCUGAAUCCAUUGGUUAUAUGGUAGGCAUCGCCGAGCAUGUUGGUCAUGCAAUGACAUACAAGAUCCUCAACCUGGAGACAAACAAAAUCCUGUUUCGGUCUGAGAUCCGCUCUGCAGCCUCACCCAAUGACCCCAACAAACGUCUUGAUCCAUCUGAUGGGGAGGAGUUGACAUCCCCCACAGUAAUCAAAUCCAAAUCCGACAAUGUCAAAUCUGUUGGACUUGUGCCAUACAUUCGCAACGUGUUCGACACUAGCGAACAAUUGGCCUUGCAGAACAACAACAGACCACUUACUUUUGACGAAUAUGCGUCACUCUUGGAGGCAGCAGCCCAAAACCAUGAUGAGGUCACCAAAGGAUCCAAGCCCAAGCCCAAUCCUAGGAAGGCAUAUGCUACUGAUGUUGUCACCACUGGUGAUCUUGAACCAGAUCCUUGCCCCCCCAUGUUUGACUUCAACAUUGACAUGGACCUUGGCGAUUACUAUGCUUACCGCACGUCUUUGUCAUCUGCUCGCAAGACCUUUCUACCUAACGAACUGUGGCAACAAUUAGAUGAUCAAGGUCGACGUGCCUGGCAUCAACUUCCUGAAGCUGUAUAUAUAUAUAUAUAA